AGAGGUCGCGACGAUGAACGCUGAAGAAGCGUCAGCGAGGGAGAGCUCCGACGAGUCCUCUCUGUCGGCCAGGUCGUCGGUGCCGAGCGCGCGGGCGUCGUGCAGCUCGCGGGACCAGUCCGUCGAGCGGCUGCUAGAGGCGGACGCAGCCCUCGCAUGGAAGAAGUGCGUCGAGAAGAGCGUGCUGGCGCCGAGGACGCUGCCGGGCAACAGAUCCUCCGGCACGGCGAGGUCUUGGUCUUGGUCUUGGAGCAGGGUCUUGGUCUUGGAGCACUGCACGAGGAGCAAAUCAGCAUGGGAGAUAGUGGAUAAAGAGCUUCGAAAAGAAAGACCCUCUAUUGAUAACCAAAGACUUCUAAGUAGGAGAGUAGAUGGAGAUGAUUUUGUUUUGAACAAGGCACAACGUUUGGCGUUGAAACGUAACUUGGGAAACUGUGAGCUUUCUUUCACUCCUAUUAAAUCUAAGCAAAUUUUCUUUAAUAUGCAAAAUAUUGCAGUUCGGUUAGGCAAAUUGUGA